AUGGCUUUCAUGAGCUCAGGUGCUGCGGCUACUGCCGGGCCUGAAACAGCCGCAUCCAUACAAGCUGUAACAGAAGGCCUACUGUGGGCUAUGGAUCGUCAAACGUUCCGUCGCAUUCUAUUGAAAUCUGCUUUUAAAAAGCGAAAAAUGUACGAAACACUUUUGGAUAGCGUACCGAUGUUGAAAGCGUUGAAGUCCUAUGAGCGCAUGAACUUGGCUGAUGCCCUAGUUUCCAAACACUUCUCUAACUCUGACAGAAUCAUCAAACAAGGUGAUGCCGCCGACGGUAUGUACUUCAUUGAGGAUGGUAAUGUUGUUGUGAAAAUGGAUCAGGAUGGCAAGGAAAUUGAAAUCUCCCGACUGGGCAAAGGUCAAUAUUUUGGAGAGUUGGCUUUGGUUACACACCGACCACGUGCUGCUUCCGUUUAUGCCGAUGGAGAAGUUAAAGUUGCAUCGUGA